AUACGACUGUGCCAAAGUUCAUCCUCACAAUAGAAGAAAGAAGACACUGAACAGGACGUCCUGCCGCAGCUUCGUCUUACAGAUUGAGUUUGACCUGAAACAGGUGAAAAACACACCUGAGACUCCAGCGGGCGAGACCAGCGCCGUUCUCUCUCAGCGCUAACGGACCCAGAGAAACAUGGCCGCCAGGAAGGCCGAGGUGCAGCGAAGGAUCGUAUCCAAAGACGGCCACAACAACGUGCGGAUCGACAACGUGGAGGGCAUGGUCAAACUCUACCUGCACGACAUCUGGACCACCGUGGUGGACAUGAAGUGGCGCUACAAGCUCACUCUGUUCGCCUCCACCUUCGUCAUGACGUGGUUCAUCUUCGGGGUCAUCUUCUACUUCAUCGGCAUGGGCAACGGAGACUUCGAGGCUGCGCUGAACUCCAACCACACGCCCUGCGUGACGAACGUGCAGACCCUCACCGGAGCCUUCCUGUUCUCUCUGGAGUCCCAGACCACCAUCGGAUACGGUUUUCGUUACAUCUCGGAGGAGUGUCCUCUGGCCAUCUUCACUCUGGUGGCUCAGCUCGUCAUCACCGGCCUGGCCGAGAUCUUCGUCACCGGCGCCUUUCUGGCCAAACUGGCCCGGCCCAAGAAACGAGCGGAGACCAUCAAGUUCAGCCAGUCGGCGGUAAUCUGCCGGCGCCAAGGCAAGCUGUGUCUGAUGGUGAGAGUGGCCAACAUGAGGAAGAGCCUUCUGAUCCAGUGCCAGCUAACGGGGAAGCUCUUCCACUCCAACGUGACGGAGGAAGGCGAGAAGACGCAAGUCCACCAGAGCUCUGUGGACUUCUACAUGGACUCCAGCAGCGAGUGCCCGUUCCUCAUCCUCCCGCUCACCUUCUACCACAUCCUGGACGAGCGCAGCCCGCUGGCGGGGCUGACCGCGGAAAACCUUCGCACCCGUGAGUUUGAGCUGCUCGUCACCCUCAACGCCACCAUGGAGUCGACGGCAGCCACGUGCCAGAGUCGCACCUCCUACGUCCCCCAGGAGAUCCUCUGGGGCUACGAGUUCAAGCCGGUGCUGUUCAGCACCACCGGCGGCCGUUACGUGGCCGACUUCAACUUCUUUGACAAAGUUCAAGUGAGCAACGACGCGGCUUUCCUCAGUAACAACACAGAGAAGCUCAAACUGGAGGAGGGCUACAAGAAGGAGUAGAGGAGCGACUGUGAUGCUCAUCAGACCCGGACCAGGACGCUGGUUUGUGCCAGUCGGUGUAUUCUCAUUGUCCUGAUUCAGACACUGUUUAAACAUGUUCAUGUGACAUCAUAUAAAAAUGAUUUGCUCCUGAUUUUAUUAACAAUGACUCACAUGUUCCAGCAGACUGGAGGACACGAAAAUCCAUUUUCUCUGCACAUUUGAAUUAUUAACUGAAUCAUCUCUGUUUUAUUUUUGUUCUUAAAGGAUAACUUUGGUUUUUUACAACCUGGACCUUAUUUGUAGCAUUAAAUACGACCAUUU